UGUCGCUGCUGGUAAAGUUUUUGAGAAAAUUCGAAAGUGUGCUGCAAUUUCCACCUUUUUCUUGAUUAAAACCGUGGAAUAAAGUAAUUCCCAAUUUGAAACUGUGAGAUAUCGAAUACUAACGCCAGAAAACAUCCAGAUUGUCAUUCCGUGUGCGCGUCUCUCUUGUUUACAUUUUACUUCCGGAACGUUGUCACUUGCUUGAAUUUCAUCAUUCGUUCCGGAAUUUGAAAAAUGGACAAACCAAUCGUGCUGGUCUUGUCGGUGGAUCCCAAAACCGAUGCGGAAUCCUUGAUCGGUAGGAUACGUAAGGUUCCGACUGCCGAAGGAACUAGCGAGCUGGUCGACGGUAUUACAGGGUAUAGCUAUCACAUCCGAACCAAAUAUUACGAAACGGAUGUCCUGUUUUGUGCGGGUAAAUUGGAAACUGAGCUGAGUGCGCUUCCGGAGACAAUUCUGAAACAGUUGGAAGGAAUAUUGAUAUAUUUCGAUGCUUCAGAGCGAGACUUUCUGAAGCGACUUCCCGAGUAUGCAACGUUCCUGGAGGAUAACGAUAUUGAGUUUGGUAUCCUUCUUUGUACGGAGCUACACGAGUCUUCGGACAAAGGUAUUACGUACGAGGAGGCCAAACAGUUUUGUAAAGUAUUAGAUGUGAUAGAGCUGGAACCGAGUGGAGAAACAGAAGAUGGAGAAGCAGCUGGGGUCGAUGAGUUGAUUCAAGCCUUACACAACUUUAUUUGGUCCAAUGUAAACAUGAGUAGGAAAGUGGGCGAACCGCAACCGGAAGCAUCGGAGCUAGAUGUGAUUAGUAGUGAUGCUGAUGAACAGUCUUCUUCGGACCCGCUCCACGAUCGCAUAGAGGAGGAACUGCUUGGUUUCGAAAAAUUGCUAACUCAGGUGAUGCAGUUUCGGCCGAAUACCAGCACAUGGUCCAGGAACGAAAGGCUUGCUUAUGCACAGGAGUUUGCCGAUAUUUUUGACGAGCUGAUAGGCGGGGAAGAGGACGAGCUGGAAGCUGGCGAUUGAGUUGGCUUCAAGUAAACUUCAACCGGAUGCGGUUGAUAGCCUCGAAGUGUUAUUUCCUCAUGUAUAUCGUGCAUUCCACCAUCAAUGCGGAAUUGGUUCGACAUAUUAAGGAAGAUAUGUACAAGGGAACCUCAAAAUCCAUCCGCUUGAACGCUGUGUCAAACCGCAUAUUGAACUUUUAUUUAUUAUUCUUAUUUUAUAUAAUCAAUCGAUUGGUGAGCAAAUAUUAUCGAACAUAAUUUAAAUUGUGCUUCGGAGAAAUUAUAAUCAAACAUAUUUUUUUUACUAAUAAAACGAAUGAAUAAAG